UCUGCUCCACCGGGGGAAACGCCUUCUCGCCUCGGACCCGUUCUGUGUUAAUUAGCCUCCCGGUUCCGCGGGUAAUUACGGUAACGAGCCGCAAAUGAACCGUAAUGAACCGCACAAUUCCUCAAAAAAAAAAAAAAGCCUUUUACAAGACGCGGCGCGCGUGAUUAAUUGGCGGGGAAAGAAAGGGCGCGUGAGGAGUUGACACGCAUUACCCUCAGCGCUGCGCGGCGAGACCCGUAUGUCAGCCCCCUCGCGCCUCCCGCGCUUCCACAAUCAUUUCCCGCCAAUGAUCAGGAGGUGUCCGCAACGGCGCUUCCUCACCUCACACCCCCGUCAGCCACACGCAGCGCGACACACACACACACACACACACACACACACACACACCGGGAGGAGCCGUCUACCCUCCGUCACCCAUACCCGCCCCUGAGGACGGUGCGUCGUUGGCGGCGUCAAUAUUAUUUAUUAUUCCCGUUAGUCUCGGUAUUUAGCGCCGCAGCUGCUCACGGUGAUCGUUAAAACGGACGCGUCUCGUUGUUUUGAGGCGCGUGUUUUUUCUUGUAACGGGGAUUAUUGAGGCGGCAUCAGCGCGCGGUGAUGCUCUCCGUUAAAGGAUCGUGAAGCGUCGCGAGUCUAAAGGACCAGUGCCGUGGAUGGUUGGGUGUUAGUGUGUGUUUGUUUCGCUCUGAUGGCGAACAUGAGCAGUAGUGUGUGCAUGGAAACCCCACACGCUCAUGGCCACGCCCACGGCCACACCCACAACUACAACCCCACCCCUGGGCGGGACUUUCCUCUACAGAUCGACUCGUGCGUGAACCCCGUGCUGGACUACAGCACGCAGAUGGAGCGCUACCGCUCUUUUGCCACCUUCUAUAAGAACAGCACGGCCACCGCGGCCCCAUUUCCCCAGACCGCCAAAAUCACGCGAAUUGCCACGCCCCUUUUCCCCUCGGCACGCCUAUCAGCAAUGCCGCCCUGGCCCUGCGACAACGCCAUGCUAUGGGGACGAAAGCCUUCUGCGGUUAACGUUAACGGACCUCACACACAUCGGACUGGCAUGUCAAGGGCGGAGCCUGUGAACAUGCACAUGUCUGGCAAACACAUUCCACAAGACUCCGCCCUCUCGAUGGGCGCUGACAACUUCCUGUCGCCACUAGCCGCGGAACAAUGCCGCGGUCUUCCUGUAACGGGGGCCGAUUGCAUGAACCGACUGAAGUGUCCGCCGUCUGUGCCGCCUGGAGAGGCGGACCGAAGCGGGACGUUCGGAGGGAUGCCUCCAUUGGGGGGUCUGUCGCUGCCACCAGGGGUCAUCGUCAUGACGACCCUUCACUCCGGUGCAGGGUCGUCGGGGGUCACGAUGUCAGACAGCGCAUUUCAGAUCGCCAACUUGGCGGCGGACUGCCAGCACAGCGGCUCAUCCUGCUCUGGUUCGCCCGCCGGCCUUAACGGAAACGCCAACGGCAGCUGCAGCAGCGCUAGCAGCAAUGGUAGCGGAGCGGCUAAGCGCAAACGUAAACGCUGCGGCGUCUGCGCCCCCUGCAGGAGGCUCAUUAACUGCGGCGUGUGCAGCUCCUGUCGAAACAGAAAGACGGGUCAUCAGAUCUGCAAGUUCAGAAAGUGCGAAGAACUCAAGAAGAAACCUGGCAGCACGAUGGAGAGAGCGCCGUCAGUAGGAGCCGCUGACACUUUCCGCUGGUUCUUCUGAAGAACCCGCCACGACCCACAUCAUACAACCAAACUCAAACACUAGAAGAACUGCAGGUCAUACCCUACGAUCUACCCUUCCCCUCAGGACUCACUGUGGCCCGUUUAGCACUGGGGGGGUCAGGUGCACAUGCCCCGUCGGAGAGACAUCGAGGGCAAGUCUCUGGGUCUCAGACUGACCUCACCUCAACCAAACACCAACACACGUAGAGAACCAGGGACUUGAGUUCAGUCAUAUCAGGACCCCAUCCGAGCCUAAAGGAACUGUUCGAAUAUAUGGUCGUCAUUUACUCACCCUCAUGUUGUUCCAAUCACUUGCUUGCUUCUACGGAAGACAAAAGAAGGUUAUCUGAAGAGCGUGCAUUGAAGCGAAUGAGCUCUGUCAAACUCUUAAAUGACAAAACAAACAGCAUAAAAGCAUCGUAAAACGAGUCCA